AUGAGGGAAGACGAACUAAGAGGCUGGAGAUCAGGCACGUUUGGUAGAAAAAGAGUAAGGAAGAUAUCCAAGCUUCUCAACCAAAAGCUCGGGCCUGAGUUCAUUAGUUAUAGGCCCGGGUUCAACAUGUCGAAAAUAGCAUAUGUUGAGGGCUGGAAGGUGAUAAGCUUAGCCAACAGGAUCUUUGGAUUCAACGGUUGGUCAUCGGAGAUACGAACCAUGUCUGUCGACUAUGAAGAGGCCGAUGAAAAGAAGAUAAGCCUGGGUGUGUCCUGUCUGGUCAGGGUUAUGCUGAAGGAUGGAACGUAUAGAGAAGACAUUGGAUUUGGAAGUGCAGAGAACCAAAGGAGUAGAGCUGCUGCAUAUGAAAAGGCAAAGAAGGAAGCAGCAACUGAUGCUCUCAAGAGGGCUCUAAGACAGUUUGGAAACUCAUUGGGAAAUUGCUGCUACGACAAGAACUACAUCAAAGAAGUACAGAGAAUUCACAAGAUCAAUGAAAAGGCUCUAGAUUCCAAUGAUUUAUUUAGGAACAAUGGCGGGGUAUCUGAGGAGUCCGAUAGAGAGGGAGAUGCUUCAUUCGAUAUAGAUUACCAUGAUCUAAGUGACACUCUGUGA